AUGACAUCAUUCGAUUUGGCCAACUCUACCAACUCUACCAACUCUGACAGUAGCAGUGGUUCAUCUGGAUUGACCACCUCUACUGGUUCAAACAAUGGCGUUACAGGUCUGUCUACAUCUGGCGGUGGCGGUGGUGGUCCAUCAGAUAGAAUGACAAGUUCACCAAAAUCAAGUAGUCAGAGUGGAUCACCAUCAAACAAUGAGGAUAGUUAUUACUCAAUGGCCAAGAUCUAUCUAAACAAUAGACCCAAUCAUAUGACCAAUCAACAGAACCUAGGUAGAAUAGAGUUCAACAUGAAGUCUGAGGAUCUCGACCAAUCAUGGUUCCACAAAGAGGCCACCCGUGAUGUUUCAAUCGCAUUGUUAACCUCCAAACCAAUUGUAAGCACCUCAUAG